GAGUAAUAGCAACUAAUGUUCAUUUAAGGGUAUAUAUAGAGCAAGAAUAAAAGAGCUAGGCUGAGGAAGAGACGUUGGACACAGGUAAUCAAGCCGUCUGGGAAAACUGUUAGAAUUUCAAACCCUCACUCUGCAGACAUGGAAGGCAAAAUGCUCCUGACACCUCUGAUAUUUGUUGUAGCAUGCAUGGCGAUUGGAAACUGUCUUGAAGAAGGUUUGGAGUCCAAGGAAUUCUACCAGAGUGUUCCAGAGGAAACAUACUCUGGAAAACUGAUCAGCGUUGUGGAUAAUGAAGAUCGCAGUACGAGAAGCCUGGGGGAUGAUCGCAUAUUUAAUACCAUCAUGAGAUCACUGCUACAUGUUCCACAGAGAUUUGGAAGAAGCCCACUGUUCUCUUUUCAACCCCAGAGAUUUGGACGGGACAGCAGGGGGUACAUUGGAAGUGAAGGACGAAUACACUCAAGAGGUUGGGAAGUUAUGCCUUCUCAGUUUUGGAAUAUGGCUGUACCACAGAGAUUUGGCAAGAAGAAAUAACCAUCACCCACCACUAAAAUAAAGUAUGAAUACAGGAUUGUUAAUAUAACACUGCAGAAAAGGAUGCAGUAUGUUGCUGAAUGAAGAGAGUGGCAGAAACUGAUGCUAUUCAAAUAAUGUUACUGCACAUUUUCAGGCAAUGGAUAGCGGUGUAAACCAUACUCUGAGCAAUCCUGUUACCAUGUGCUCCUGUAUUCUACUUAGCAUACAAUAAAACUGAACAAAACUGUGA